AUGGCUGCGAUAAACCGAACGUAUUUUUGUGAUUUUAUCCUAUUAGGAUUUUCAGGGGAAAAGGUUUUGCUGUCAAUUCUUAUACUCACCAUCUACACAAUGAUCCUCCUGGGUAACAUGAUCAUAUUUAGUGUUAUACGAAUCGAUCACCGUCUCCAGACCCCCAUGUACUUUUUCUUGAGAUAUUUAUCCAUAUUAGAUAUCUGUUACUCUACGGUCACCCUCCCAGCUUUGCUGGUCAAUGCAAUCACUGGAAAUAGGAGGAUAUCCUUCAACAGAUGCUUCACCCAACUCUACUUCUUUGUCUCUCUUGGAGGAUCAGAAUGUCUUCUUCUGGCUGCCAUGGCUUAUGACCGAUACGUGGCAAUAUGUAACCCCCUCCAUUACUCUGUCAUUAUGAAUAAGAGGUUCUGCUCAUACUUGGUAGGAGGAUCAUGGUUUAGUGGUUUCUUGAACUCAGUCCUUCAUACCUUCAUGACCUCUAAAUUGACUUUUUGUGAACCGCGGAAUGUCAACCACUUCUUUUGUGAUGUCCCCCCCAUGUUAAAGGCAGCCUGCACUGAUACAUAUACUAGUCAGUCGCUACUAUACGUAGUCAGCAUCUUUCUGGGGAUGACACCAUUUGUAUUUGUCAUCAUUUCCUAUGUAAAGAUAAUCUCCACUAUUUUACAGAUCCGUUCAGCAGUGGGAAGACGGAAAGCCUUCUCCACCUGCUCAUCCCACCUCAUUGUCGUUACAGUAUUCUAUGUGACUGCUAACUUUAACUAUAUUGGUCCAGCUCCUGGAGAUUCAUUUGACAUUGAAAGGCUCUCAUCUGUGCUAUACAGUGUUUUAACCCCUUUAUUUAAUCCCAUUAUUUACUGUCUGAGAAACAAAGAUGUCAGGAGAGCUCUGGCAAAGGCUUUGACUGGGAAAUAUAAUUUGAAAUAA